GAGUGAUUGUGACCUAUAAAAUCUCGUUCCCUUCACUUUCAUAUCGUCAUCAUCAUCAUCAUCUUCUUCUUCAUCUUCUUGAUCAAUGGGUAUGGAGGAAGAUUGGAGUUCCGAAACCAACUGGACCGUUGGCUAUGGCUCUCUCCGUCACUGCAUCACCUUUCAAUCCUCUCUCUCUGACGAAGCCACUACUUCCCCCUCCCAAUCCACUCCGCUACUUCUUCAUCCACCUUCGCCAGAUUCCCCUCCUUGCCAAAUCAACAGUAACUUCCCUUCUCCCUUUCUUAUACUUCAAUUGCUUUUCCUUUUUAUUAAUCCAUUCAUUGCGUUCUUUCGUAGUUCAUUUUUCGCAGAAACAUGAGCUCAGACAAGUCUACGUUCGAAGUUCCGCUCGAGUGUACGAGAUUUACUGUGCACCCGACCUUCGCUCCACCAACGAUUAUCUCUGUACAGUUCGAUGCGGUGUUGCUGUUCGAGACGGCGAGGUUCUUCGUUCUUCUCCUAUUCAAGAUCUGAGUGACGAUAGUGUUAAGAAUGAAGAUGAUUGGGUUGAAGUCAAAGUUGUUGAUACUCCAAACAACCCUUUGCAAACGAAACCCUACAUCAACUCUACCAAAAUCGUUCAGGAUCUUCAUGAGGCUACGGCGGAGAUUAAUGACGCAAAUCCUUGCAUUUCUGUUACAAUUCGACUGCUCUCGCUUCAGAAUAAAGGCUGUGUUUCUGUUGAUGAGAUUUAUGUGUUUGCUGAUCCUGUUGAUUCAGCUGAUUCAGAAAGCCAAGAAAGUCGUAACGAUAACUCGUCUGCCAAUUCCCUCAUGGCUAUGUUUCUUCCCACUUUAAUGCAAUUUUCUAAGACAACAGGGCUUGGUCAUCUAAAUGCUCUUACAAAGGAAAAACAACACGUUUCGGAGGAUGAUUUGCAAGCAACCCGAUCAAUUGAUUCUGUGAUUAAAACUCAGCUGAAAGGAAAUGCUAGCAUAACUGAUCCUCAAGAAGUGAAGUUGAAUGAGGUGAAAGAAGGUUGGGUGGGUCCAUUCCAGCUAGACACACUCUCACAAGUUGCUAAAACGGAGAGCAACCGUGCUGGAUUACCCUCACAAACUGCAAAAAUGGAUAGCACUUGUGGUGUUGUACCCACAAGAAUUGUUGAAAUGGAGAACAACCACAGUGCUGUUCCCGUACAAACUGCUAAAACAGAAUGCAAUCAUAGUGCUGUCACCUCACAAGUUACUAUUACUGAGAGCAAUCAUGGUGAUUCUUUGGGUGGAAAUGUUGAAAGGGCCCUGGAACAGCUUGUAUCACGAAUGGACCGGAUAGAAGAAAUCUGUUUGGGCUUUCAAGAGAAAAUGGUAAUGCCGAUGAACAGCAUUGAGGCAAGGCUCCAGCGAGUUGAGCAGCAACUUGAUACAGUGUCUAAGAAAUUGCAGAAUUCUGCAUUGCCAUCAUGUUGUAGAAUUUCUGCUCCUGAUACUGCUUGUAUUGAAUCAGAUGUCAACUCCUGUGAAAAUUCUCUUCAUUUUACUAUCAAUGGGGAAAGUGAACCAGAUAAGAAAAUGCAUACGGAGGUACCAUAUGUCUCUCCACAUGAUAUGUCUAAUUCAGCAAAUGCCACUCAAUUGCUUCCUGGUCUUGUAGUUACAGCUCCUGAGUUUCCUGAUGGUGAGGAUGAAGAGGGCAAUGCAUUAGGACAAGAAAUGAAUUCUUCAAAAGAUAAAGAAAAGCAAUCAAUUGAUGAUGCAUUAUCUUCUGCAUUAUUUAAUUUUUUAUCUUCUUCUCUGUCUUUAGAGUCUCCAAAGUAUACUACAAGUCUAGCUGUUAAAGCGCCGGAGUUUUCUAAUGAAGAUGAUGAUGACUGUGGGAGCAGUAAUGAGAUAGCAAAAAAUGACUCAGUUCAUGUCACAGACAGUGAGAAAUUUAGUCACUUCCAAGUGUUGGAUUCGUCCAAUAUUUCUUUGGGAAGUGGAGAGAAGGUAAAGAUGGAUUCUAAUGAUAAAUAUUCUGAAAAGACUGCCCAGGAAGCUGAAGAAUAUGACCAAUUUUAUGGGGCAGAAGAGCAUCAAGAUGAGAUGUGUGUUAAAGCCAGUACUUUAGCUGAACAUAAUCCAAGAUCAGGUUUUAAUGAUGACAUUGAAGAAGACAAAGAUGGAAAAAUCAAUGGCCAAAACUGUGAUUCGUCAUCCAAUACAAGUGACAUUUCAAAUGAGUUGGUUGACAGUCAGACCCCUGGUGGUUACAGUAUCACUCAGGAAGGACCAUCUGCAAGGACUGAACUCACAGUUGCAACAGAGCUCCUAAAAAAUCCCUUCCAUGAGAACAUUAUAGAGAAUGUUCUUGGAUUUUCACUUGCCCCCUCUGUUGUAGAUUUUGACGCCCCACUCUUGGAUGUGAAAUUCAUUUCUCAGAGAAGUCCUGUUUCCCAGCGUUUCCUUGAAGACCUUCUGGUUGAGACACAAGAGACAAGCUCAGGGGAUCCCUCUGUCAUGGAUAGAGAUGAUGAUCUUUCUGUUAAGGAACAACUGAAAAACAAUGGUGAUGUCUCAGUUGAGGAACAGACUAACUUGAUUUCAAUAGAAGACGGGGAACUGCUGAAUCCAGGAAGCAAUAGCCAUUUUACUAUGGACCAAGACUUGUGUUCUUCGAUAACCGAACAUGUGAACAUGGAAGGCGAUAAUCUGCUACUGCCAGAGGAUCAUAAGCGCAAGCGUGAUCAAAUAUCAAGUCUCAUAUGAAGUGGUCUCUACUUUCUAGUCCUAGUUUCAGUUCAUGAAUCGAGAUCUUUUAUGCUUUCAGGAAUAUGAGCUUCUCUUCUUGCUCCCUUGUACAAAUUUUCAACAGUCAAUAGUUCUUUGCUUACAGAAUCAGCAGAAGUUACUUUGCAGAAACAUAUUCCAAUUGUUAUGGCGUGGUUGCAUGCAUGGCAAAUUGACAACUGUAAAUAGUCGAUCUCUCCCUGGUUGUAGUUGCUGUGAGAGUUAUUCGGAGGUGAUAUUUAUACAUCAAUAGGUAAUUAAAUGAUGAGAUUUCUUUUUUGGGUGCGUUUCGAGGUUGCUGACCUAUGAUGCUUGUUGCCAUUAUCAAAUUCUUUUACGUGUUUUUAUAGUUUAAUUAGAGCUACUGUUGGAUAUAUGGGGAAAUAUCAAUUACUAUUAUACAUGCCAU